AUGGCGGAUGCGAAGAAGACACAACCACCACCGCCGCCACCACCCGCGGCUGCUCCGGAGCCGUCAAAGCCGGCCGGCCCUUCGGACGAAGACUGGGUGUUCAAGCCUCCAGGGAUCUGGAAGGGCCACGAUGUUAGCGAUUUGCCCAAGAAAGUGCGGUACUUUGUCGAGGAGCAGCGCCGCCUGUGCCAGCCAGCAAACGUGUACGUCUGUGACGGCAGCAUCGAGGAGCACGAGGUUAUCAUGGCUUUCAUGGUCAAGCUUGGUCUCGCUGUAAAGCUGAAGAAGCAGGCCAACUGCUAUCUGGUCCGGACGGAUCCUCGGGACGUGGCGCGCGUCGAAGGGCGCACGUGCAUCGCGACAGCGCGCAAGGAGGACACCGUGCCCAUAGCGGCGCCGGGCGUCAAGGGCAUCCUAGGCAACUGGAUCGCCCCUGAGGAGCUGCGAAAAAUUCUCUCCGAAUGCAUGCCUGGAUGCAUGAAAGGACGCACCAUGUUCGUGAUUCCGUUCAGCAUGUGCCCCGUGGAGUCGCCGCUGUCCCGACUUGGCAUUCAGGUGACGGACUCGCCGUAUGUGGUGGCCAGCAUGCGCACCAUGACCCGCAUGGGGGCCAAGGCUCUGGCUGCCACUAAAGAGAAAGAGUUCGUCAAGUGCGUUCACAGCAUGGGCCGACCGUUGCCUCUCAAAGUACCCUUGAUCAACAACUGGCCCUGUAAUCCCGAAAAGACCAUCAUAUCGCACAUACCGCACGACAACGAAAUUGUUUCUUUCGGGAGCGGCUACGGUGGAAACUCUCUGCUUGCCAAAAAAUGCUUCGCCCUGCGCAUCGGCUGUAAUCUUGGGAAACGUGAAGGCUGGCUCGCCGAGCACAUGCUGAUCCUGGCCUUGACAGCGCCUUCCGGUGCCAAGUUCUACGUCGUGGGUGCCUUUCCGAGUGCUUGUGGCAAAACCAACCUGGCCAUGAUCACGCCCACGCUGCCGGGAUACCGUGCCGAGUGCGUCGGCGACGACAUCGCCUGGCUCUACUUUGACGAGAACGGCGUCAUGCGCGCCGUGAACCCUGAAAACGGCUUCUUCGGCGUCUGCCCGGGGACCUCGUGGAAGACAAAUCCGAACGCCAUGAUGACCAUACAGACCAACACCAUCUUCACGAACGUCGCCGAGACGAGCGAUGGUGGCGUCUGGUGGGAGGGCCUCAACAUGCCGCCACCCGAUGUGAGCAUCAAGUCGUGGAAAGGCGAGCCCAACUGGAAGCCCGAAGAAAAGUCCAAAACAGCCGCGCAUCCCAACGCGCGCUUCUGCACUCCGGCUGGACAGUGUCCAAUCAUCGAUCCGUCCUGGGAGGACCCCAAAGGCGUGCCCAUCUCCGCCAUAAUCUUCGGAGGCCGCAGGCCAGAAGGAGUUCCCCUGGUGUUCGAAGCCUUCAACUGGACCCACGGCGUUUUCCUUGGUGCGUGCAUGCGGUCAGAAACUACGGCAGCAGCAGAGCACAAAGGCAAAAUCAUCAUGAACGACCCGUUCGGUAUGCGACCUUUCUUCGGGUACAACUUUGGCGACUAUCUGGCCCAUUGGUUGAGUUUCGCCAAAAACGGCAACCAACUUCCCCGGAUCUACCACGUCAAUUGGUUCCGCAAAGGCCCUGACGGCAAGUUCCUGUGGCCAGGUUUUGGCGAGAACUCCCGCGUCCUUGACUGGAUUCUCCGCCGCGUCGACGGUGAAGUCAACAUAGCCAAGGAGACCUUUCUGGGUUACGUCCCGACCGACGAUGCGCUGGACCUGACCGGCCUGACCGAGCCGAUCAACAUGGCCGAGCUGAUGCGCGUGGACAAAGAGUUUUGGCUCAAGGAAUGCCGCGACAUCAAGACUUUCUUCGACGAACAAGUGGGGCGCUCGCUGCCGCAGCCGAUCGCUGAUCAGCUGACCGAGCUCAAGGAGCGCAUCAUGAAGACAGAAUGA